AUGACCGCAAGAAUAGUUUUCCGUAUCUUCGUUCUGGCUCUCCUGCUCUACAGCGCAGUAACGACUAAAUGUCCUGCAGGUGGUAGAUCAGAGAAGUCCAUUUUGGGCUGGAUGUUACGAGGACACGUGUACGACACUGUUCUCGCUGAACGUCCGUUUACGUGCGUACUGAAGUGUCGCGAAGACAAUCGAUGCCAAAGUAUUAACUGGGUUAUCUCUCGUCUUAUGUGUGAGUUUAACAACAGGACAAAAGAAGCAAGGCCCAAGGACUUCAUUGCAAACCAAGACAGAUCUUACUAUCGACGCAAUUUACAAAGAGGUGAGCCAUCAUUAAGUGCCGGGGAUACUCUUAAGUUGGCCGGUUACGGGGAAGCUCCCCGAACGGGGUACGUUUGUCAGGUUUCAUAUAUAUGAAAGAGCUAAGAAAAUUCACAGUUUAAAGUAUAUGAAAGGGUAGGAAAGUUAGUCAUCUCUGCAGGCCGAUAAAAUAAAGUAAACGAGCUAACAGAUGCAUCUUAUGGAUGAGAAAAAGAACACGGAAAUUUUUCUGGUUUCGUGCUUAUUCAUGUUUAAAAGACAUAGCAUUUACAGCAGUUAAGAGGGAUGCAAAAGUUUCGUAAAAUCCCACGUUAAAGCCCCCCUCGGAUUUAAACUCAUCCGUUUGCUGACGAAGAUAUUAUUCUGGAUAUAAUCCCCACCCCCCACUUGAAUUGGAACAUGAAACUACGAAAUUAUGCAGGUGAAAUAGGAACAUGACCGUUUGUGGAAGUUUUUUGACUUUAGUCCUGUCCCGUUCCAGUUGUUGAAGUGUUUUAUAGAUGUUUCUGAAAUACAUUCUCCAUUUAUUGUGAUAAAUUUAUAAUAGAAUGUUUGCUUUAAUUCGGCUCAGAUAUGUUUUACCCCGUCGGUCCGAAACAUUUUUUUCCCCCUUAUAUCCCCCUCCCCUCGCCCCCCCCAUUAUAAGCCCACCCAAAACCCUUUAUGAAGUUAUAUAAGCCCAGAGCUUUAACGUGGGAUUUUACCUUGUCAAAAAUUUUGUACAAGAGGGUAAGGCGUUGGACCUCGGGGCGGAACCUACGGUCCUUUAUAAAACUUUGUUGAGUAGCGCCCUGAGCAUAAACUAAAAACUAUGUUGGGGUAAAGGCAAAGUGAUAAUGAAGAAUUGUUUUUUAACCUUUCAGUUCCCCUUGGUUCGAUUCAAGAACUACCAGCUGAGACUUGUGACGAAAUAAAAAGGAGUGAAGGACACGCUGUUAGCGGGGAAUACUGGUUUUCCACUAUAAAAUCUGGUACAUCUGUCUUGGCUUAUUGUAAUAUGGAGACCUACGGUGAGUUUAUAGUCAGUUAUAAAUCGGCGACUGCCGUUAAGCUGAUUGCGCCCUCUUAUAAGUUAAUUUAUGAUUAUUAGACGACUGACGUAAAUGUUUCAUAUUUAGUCACAGAUGCGGCGACUGAGGUAAUGAAAAAUUAACCGGUAGAUUUAAACUGGAAAGACACAGAGAAAAACAGAGAAAUUUUAAGGGGAAAAAGACUCUUCUCACGGAGGAACGAGUGCUGCUCGCGUCUCAUGUUAGGGCCUGAGUAAAUGCCCUUCAAUAAUUUUUUCAUCAAUCAAUAUGUUUGUUGUUCUAAACAUUGACGAAUGCGGUGCUUCUUCUCCUGUAUGUGACAUCAAUGCCAACUGCUCCAAUACUCGUGAAUCGUAUAUCUGUACCUGCAGGGCAGGAUAUACAGGCGAUGGAAAAACUUGCCAAGGUAGGAUAAAGGUCGAUUUCCCGUGAUAAAAACGAAGAUGGCAGAUUCCGCGGGACUUGUAAAAACCGGCAAUCCAUCGAAUCCAGUCCGUUUAAUUACGGGCAGUGCAUGACAUCAUACCUUGGGUUAUACUUCUGUUAUUAGAAAAUUUUUGGGUACAUGUAAGUGUAUAGAAAUUCUUUAAAGGGCCGCGCAUUAAGAAUUAAAACGUUUGAUGUCCGUUAUUUAGCCGCGAAAAGUAAUGCUGUAGUUACUUAAUAGCCCACCUAGACCAGUAGAAAAGGGAAAACAAAAUUAUGAAGCAACAGCACCGGGUAACCCUAGGUUUUUGAAACAGCCUAUAUAGAUAAACUCUGCUUUAGAAGAAUUAUGAGAGAUGUAUAAAAAACGUUGAUGAGUUCAGGCGUGGACAACUCAAUGGCAAAGAAGAAGAAAGCUUUAAGACGUGUUUGUUCCCUGUUGAGGAAAUUCAGACCGUUUUCAACGGGGAUCGAACAAGGUUGAAAAUUUUCAUUAUUCAUUCAUUAUUAUUAUUAUUUGAUUUUAUUUUGUUAGGAAGGAGCCUACGAUAGAUCCUUGUGGAACCCCAAUAUGCUUUUUUUUUUUCUAGACAUUGACGAGUGCAGUGCUUCUCCUCCUGUGUGUGACAUCAAUGCCAACUGCUCCAAUACUCGCGGAUCGUAUAUCUGUACCUGCGGGGCAGGAUAUACAGGCGAUGGAAAAACUUGCCAAGGUAGGAGAAAAUAAUUAGCUAAUCUAAAGGUCAGUUACUUUACUGUUAAAACAUCAAUUAGGGAAGUUUCCUAAGGACGUGCGACAUCAUAGCAUUCAAAGGGGCGGCUAAUGAGAUCGGCAAUCCGCUUUCGUAUCCAGCAUUGUAUGACGUCAUACCUCAUGUUCUGCUUCUGCUAGAGCCUAUAACAGUACGGAGCGAGCAACUUCCACGUACUCUUGUAACGGCGUUUUCACUAACGAUUUUGGCGCGAAUUUAGGCUAUCGUUUAGGUCCCCCAAAGCAGUCAGCAAAAGGAAAAUGCCUGAAAAUGGCAUUUUUGACUUUUAAAUAACUCUGUAUCAUGAGCCGCCACUUAAGAUCAUGCGCUACCUCACUUCCGUCCAAAGUGCAAAUGGCGUAAAUUUAAAUCAUCUAGCUCAUAAUAAGGAUUAGAUUUGAAUAAGGAUGUAGGACAUUACAUUCGAACUUAUUUAUGCAUACAUACACUAUUCUAUAAUUUGAUUUAUGUCUACAUUUUAUUGCACAUUUAACCUACUUAUUUUUCUUAAUAUAUAAUUACUUCUUUUAAGAACGAGUUACUUAAAAGUACCGUUAGCAAUUAUUGACUAAGGCUGAGUAGUAAUCCUUCACAUUAUACGAAACCCUAAUUCAUUCAUUGUUUAUUUUUCAUCCAAAGUAUUUCUUAAUUCUUAUUUACUAAUUUUACCUCAUCGUUUUUCGUUGGAGUGCUCCCCAUCGAGCGAGUUGUUUUACGUAUUAUUGCAAUUCUUCCAUUCAGUUCUAGUUUAAAAUUCAGCUAUUCCGCAUAGUCGUGAACCCUUUUUUUUCAGAGUUCGCUGGUGAAUAAUCAGCUAGUCGGCCGCGCCUGGAAACGGAGUUGAUCAACACCAUAUUUAGAAGAUGCCAGCAAUCGAUUUGAUGGCAUAUUGCUCCAUCCUCCAAAUGUGAUAUCAUCGAAAAAAGAUGCUACCCUAAUCACCUUUUCUUUUCUCUUCCCUUUUAUCAGUCUUACCACAGAGACUGGCUGACUCCGUUAUCUUAGGAGAUAAUGUGCAUCACUUAGCUAAUUUAAGCACAUGGCUCAAACCAGUCGCCCAAAGCGAAUCUUCACAAUGGAAGCGCUGUUGGCGGGCGUCCGUGGAUGGCUGGGCUGCCAGUACUUUUCACAGCGGAUGUGGCAACAAAGGACCAACUGUAACAAUAAUAAGAGUCGGAGGGACGUACAUAUUUGGAGGGUACACUAAGCUCUCAUGGAGUGGUAAGUGACCUUAUUUUUAACAGUCUAAACACCAUACAAAGUCGGCCACCUUUUAGUAUCACACCAUGGUUGCGCAUGCUAAGCUGGAUGGAUUGUUGGCGUACGGACCCCCGAUCGGCCCCUCUCCGACGAUACUCGUUACUUACUUUCUCCAUUUUAACAAAACAAUGUCUGGGAAUUCGAGUUUGCAUGUUUAACACCAAUUCUGUGGGGUUAAUUCGUUAGGGAAUCGUAUUCGUUUUCGUAAUCGUAACUUUGUUUCAUGCAAGAAAGUCAAACAAUGAUACUAUUAAGAAAAUUAACAGCUUUUUAAAUAGCAACAUGAAUUUUAAAAAAAUGUAAUGGGAAAAUGAUGGAUAUGGGUGUUGGAGUGGGUUAGGGCUAAAUAUUUACGAAGACGACUUUCUCUCUGAUUUUCCUUUAAUAAAGCGCAAAUAAGGCGAAGUAGUAGUAUACAAAGUGAAGAAAGUUCUAUUACACAGGGAUGAGUCAGCUUGUCACUGAUGACUUUCACCGUUGUAUAUAAGCGGUUAUAUUCUUCUAAUAUUUCAACAGCCGCAACUCGGCCAGGAUUUUUUGCAAACCAUGUUAGUUUUGACUUUUGAGCCAACUUGAAUGGGUGCAGCUGGAACUUCAAACGUAGCGGGUGGAACUUCGGGAGUUGCAUCAGCUUUCUCUUCCAUAUAUAAUUAUUUUAAAAAGUUUUGUUGUGAAUUUCUUAGACAAGAAAUUUUGCAGGUUCUUCGUCAAGUUAUUGUCCAGGUUUUUUCGCAGGCUGCUUUUUAAUUAUUAUUUUUUUUUUUUUCAAAAACAAUGUGUUUGGUUGUAAAUUCAGAGCGGCGUUGGCAACCACGAGCAGGCGGCCGCUGCGCAAUGCUGUAAUACCAGCCAGAGACGGAAACGCCGAGUUGAUUACGAAAAAAUCAAGUUGCUUAUUGUAUGUCCGUUUGCAAAGUUUCCACGACAACACCGAGUUAAUUAUGAAUUCUUCUUGUAUGUCCUUUUGCAAGCUUCCACGCCAUCCACUUUGACGAACAUACCAAUGGCUUUUCUACCGAGCAUCAAAAAGCUCUAUUGUAAUCAAUGUUUUGGUGGUCUUGCGCCAAGUCUUGGGCCUCAUGCAAUUUAUAAUAUUUCGCCACAUCUUCGUCUUAAAGGGGUUUCUCCUGUUAAUGAGUUGGGACCCGGUCGCCUCUUUGAAUUUUCCCCUUGAAAAAAGCACUGCCAGUUUUUCGCGUUGUUCUGGAAUUUUGUUAGCGGGUAGCGAAAUAGGUAAAUCUAAGGGUAUCGAAUUAUCGAUGGGCUCCACUGUGACAAUAAAGGAUAUGACGACCUUAGAAGAAUUUAUCUUAAUCAACACUCUCCACCAAUGCCAAAGUAUAUGAACCUCCCCUAGCAAGAUCAUCAACAAUCAGUCAACUUCACUUUAUGUGCAGAAAUUCAGUUACUAUUAAUUACUGAAUAUGACAAUUUGUCUCUAGGCUUUGCCAGCUGUUGUGUAGUUCCUCUCUUGACGUGCCUGUAGGUGAAAACUGUUUGAUGAGGGUUGCACUGUUUUAUGUUUAGAAUGAUGUGAUUAUAAUUGCUCAGGUCUUGCAAGCCUGGCCACCCAUUUUCAUAUAGUUAGUAGCACACUGAAAGGACCAGGCAAGGCAUGCAUAUCAUGAAAGCUUGCAUUAGCCAACGUCAGCCUACAUGUACAUCUCUAAUAUUGAACAUCCAUAUCAUGGUCAAAACAAAGGAAAAGCAAAGUAAGGGAAAAAAUGAAAAAGCAUUUCUUCAAGCACAUUUUAUAACUGACAGCAUUGAAUGGUAGAUAUGAAUUCAAACAUACAAGGAACCGACAUAUGACACCACAGUCCUUACUGGGAGGGGGAAUCUAUGGAGGAUUGGGCGAAGGUCGAAUCCAGUAAUUGUAAAUUAUGCGUAAUUUUAACCAAUCGCGUCCGCUAGUUUCCAGUCUAGACUUUUUACUAACCAUGGCUGUCGUCUUGAGAUCAAUAAGUGCAUCGAACAGCGUUACCGUGAUACAGGCUCACAUUACCAAUAAAGACUUCAUAAACGAGUCAAAAUGCCUAGCUUACACGCACUGUAAACUAACUGUGAACACCUAACUAGAUUUAAAAAACACACACACACAAACGAACAUACAAACUCGAAAACCCUAACCGUCUCAUUAUUUAUUCUAAGAGUUACACAAGUUACUGUUCUUACAGGUGAGAGUUCUUGGGUGGUUCUCAAUGUCCACUUCUCUCACCUGCUGGUUCUUAAAAGAAGCAAGUGUUUCAGAGCUCUUAAUGCGCAUACUUAGGCACUUGUCAGAAAUUAGCAGGGGGGGAGGGGGGUGGAAACAGAGGGAAGGUCACAACUUUUUGGGACUGCGGAAAAGGGAGGGGUCAUGAAAAAUGGGCUGUUAAAUGGGUACGGGUCAUGAAAUAUGUGUCCGUGAUCAUGUAGAGGUUCACCCGCAGAAGAAAACAGAAGUUCUUUUUUUUUGUAAAAUAACCUGGGAGAAAUAGGAGAGUCGAGUGAUGAGCUGUCAGAAUCAGAGUCGGACUCUUAAUGCUGCCAUCUAAAAUGUAUGUAUAUGGCAUUAGAAAGAACAGAUUAGACUAUAUUUUGAGCUUUCAUAAUACUGACUCAUCCUAAUGUAUUGCAAGAACUAGAUUUUAUCAUUUAAGAGGGGGAGGGUCAUGAUAUUUUAGGCCAAGGUCAAGGGCAGGGUUAGCAAAUUUCACUCCCAUUGCAGAGAUGGGUCACCUCAUUUCCGAACCCAAACUUAAAAUUCCCACCCCUCUCCCCCCUGCUAAUCUCUGCAAGUCCCUUAGUUUGUACCAUAUUAUAGGACCAAUAUAUCUAAUACUGUAGUUCCCAGAGGUAGUAGUAUGCAUACUAGAAUCAUAAAAUUCUCUGAAUUUCUCAGGCUAUAACUUCGGUUGGUUAUUAAAUAAAAAAUAUCAGAUAUAUAGUAAGGGCAUAAAUUAUACUUGACUCUGUAGUUAACUAUUGCUAUCUUCCUUAAGACUUUGUCUGAUUUUAAUCACAUCCUAGUGUUCAAAAGAUCACUGAAAAAUGGCAUCAUGAAAGACUGCUUUCUUUCCAACCAGUCGACUUAGUCUUUAUAAAAAAAGCCUUGAAAGAUUUAGACCGAAGUAAAUCAGUGGGCGUUGACAGCAUUUCUCCUCGAGUUCUAUCGCUGUCUGCGCCGGCAAAAGCAGAAGAAGUGGUCAAGUUGAUUAAUAAAUUUAUUGAGAAACGCGAUUGGAUAUUGGAAUUGAAAAGAACCAAUGUCUCGUCUAUCUUCAAAAACCAUAAUGCAACAGACAAGAAAAACUACAGACCUGUUUCUGUGCUUGGAAGCAUGGCUGAAUUGUACGAGAGAGUUAUUUAUUUAUGUCCAAUUAUGUGGCUACAUUCGACCACACUUUACAUUAAAACCUUUCUGGCUUCCUUAAAGGACACUUAUCCUGUUCGAUCUGCUCUUUUAAAGAUGACCGAAGACUGGCGCAUUUAUUUUGACCAACGAAGUUAAUGUUGCCGUCGUAGCGGUCGACCUAAGCAAAGCGUUUGGCUCUGUCUGUCACAAUCUCCUUUUGGCCAAGCUUAAGGCGUAUGGGCUGACAGAUAGUGCUCUGGACUCGUUAGCCGCCUAAGGGUCGACAACAAAGAUUUAAGAUAGAAGGAACAUUUUCACAGUGGAGAGCAUCAGUGCUGGUGUUCCUCAAGGCUCUCUUCUUUUCCCUCUCCUGUUCAAUAUCUUUUAAAGCGUCUUAAAUCACUUUGCUCAGAUACCUCGCUAAGAUUAUACGCGGAUGAUAUAACUAUGUAACUAUACUGCUGAUACCUCGGCAGCCGUCCUAGAAUUUGACACCAAUUAACGAUGCCUUAAGCUCCUUAUCGGACUCGUUCAAUGUAAAUUAGUAGUUAUAGACGGGGGGUUCUGCGCAGUGGUGGAGGUGGUGGAGUGACGUCACAAUAGCUCAGGGGAUUAAAAUGAUGAGAUCAUCAUCUAAAAAUAGAAAGGUAUUCUGUACAGUGAAACCUGUAUUAAGCGGACACCCUCGGGGAAUGCUGUAGUGUCCGCUUAAUACAGGGUGUCCCCCUUAUACAGGUUUCGAUAGAUAACGUCAUAUGAGGUAUUAAAUGCUAUUCAAAUGAACAGUGGAAACGUUUAGAAUGCUCCCAGUGACUGUGACGAUAUACUUUUACAUUAAUUUCUUUUUCAAAGUUAACCAAUUGAUCAUAGUACCAUAAACAACGAUUGCAACUCAGAUUUGAAGAAAUCAGAUGAGUGAAAAAAGCUUUAUACAAACAAAACGAAAUAGAAAACAAUACAGUACGGUGAAUCUAAUCAAAUAAGUUCGUCAAGUCAAGUUUUUAAAUGCAAAAAAUCGAAAAAUUUGUAGGUGGCAAUUCGAGGCAAUCUUUAAAAAUUUCCGGUGUCUGGCAUGUUGGAUGGUGGAAUUUAAUUAAAAGUGUCCGUUUAAUAAAGGUUGGCAACAAUGGAAAUGACCAUUUCAGGUACUUUUUAGGUGUCCGCGUCCGCUUAACGGAGGUGUCCGCUUAAUAAAGGUUUCAUUUAAAGUAAAUAAGGGACACAAAUUUUGGGACUUCGGCUACUGUCCGCUUAAUAGAGGGUGUCCGCUUAAUACGGUGUCCGCUAAUACAGGUUUCACUGUAUAACAAUCUAGGGAAUUGACGUCAUCAAAAAACGAUGAGAUCAUCAUCAAAAUAAUCAUUUAAUAUGGUAACUGGGGAGAUGACAUCAUCAGCUUAAAUUAGAAAUGUUUUUUUUGACAUGAUCAGCUAUUUUCUAUAGUCUAUGAAAAACGUUCUUAAUUAGGCACUGUUAUUUGUGAUUACACUGAAUAAAGUAGACUUUCAAAAAAGUCGAGAGCUGUUGCGUGACUAGCGACGCGCGACACCCACGCGUGAGUUUGAGAAAAAUAAAGAUACAUCACUAGAAAUGGCCCGUUUGUCUCCUUUUGUCCCUCUUGGCCUGGUUUUGGCCUUUCAGGCCUGGUUAUGGCCUUUCUGGCCUGUGUUUGGGCUUUCUGACACUCUAUAUAACCUGACUAUUUGCGAAAAAGAUGUCAUUUGUGUUCAGCCAUCCAACUGUCAACAUGGUUUAUGUUAGGGCGAGUUUUUUUUCCUUUUGUUUUUCGUUUUCUCACUUACUUAUUGUUAUCGUGUAUUCUUUUUCUUUUCGCUCUCCGGUAUUUCGUUAAUUACGUUCCUUUGUUACGUGCUGUAUGUAAAUUUCGUUAUAGUUUGUUAUCUCGCCCUUUUUUAAUUACCAGUUUACGUGUCUAUUAGUGUAACAGCAUUAGUGGAAGUAGAUUUUUUCCUCGGUGGCCCUGACCACCAACCCUGUCAUCCUCAGCAUUUGGUAAGCAGCUUCGUUUUCAUAUCGUUUUUCACUAAUUUCAUUUUGCAGUCGCCUUAAAGUAGUUUUUCUGUAUUGUAACUAUUAUUAUUUCGCUCUUUGUAGGAAUUUACUUUUAUGGUUCGUUAAUAGUAAAAACAUUUGCUGAUCGUGAACGUGUUGUGUUUUUGGAAUUGGCCCUUGCCCGUUCAGUUUACAAGAGAGUUUGCAGAAACUGACCUAUCUCAUCCUGUGGGGCGAAGUACCUUGUAAGAUUAGCUAACCAUCUCGCGGAUGUUCAUCAGUUAGACCAGUUACAGCGAAGACAGUAUUUACAAGAGGCAAAACUGCAACCUAAAGUUGAAGUCGUCGUUUACGAAUUGUGAAUCGGAUAAUUCCGGAAAAAAUCACUGUCGCAAUCCAGUACAGACACAAGAAACGGUGUACUGCGAACUGUCAAGAUCACAGAGAAAUGAGGCCUCUUUUAAAGCAAAAGCUAAAAGACCGACUACAAAGAACAAGACAAAGUGCAGGAAACAAAGAAAGUCGAACUCUUGUCUUAGAGGCCAUAGGAAAAUUGUGUAGACUCGGAAGGAUAUUUAUUAUUCCUCGAAAUAGAACGGAAAAAACGGAUUUGUAAUAGUCAGUCAAAGGAUUAAUUUUUAUUCGCUUUUCUUUCAAAUCGCUGUGUAUUUGACUCAUUUUUUUGUUAUUGCUUUUUAAUAAAGUUUUUAAAACGGUAUCUGUCUUGUGGUUUUAUUACUAGCAAUUGUAAGUCGCGCGUAUUUCAAUUGAUCCUUGUUAAGUUAUUUUGUUUUUACUGUUUUUAUCAUAAUAAGUCACGGGAGGUUCUCUCUUGGGGUUUUUCCUACAGAGCUCAACUAAUUUGUAUGCAACGGUGGGCUUACGAAAUCGCAUAAUUAACUGACUAUUGAUGUCCAAACGUGGUCGAUGGUGGACAACCCAUCGCUCUAAUCACUUCGCAAUGUUCGAGUCUUAAAUGAUUUUACUGCCUACAUCAUCGCCUUAUAUAACUGCUCUCAGAUUUGACAAAGUGGGAUAAAUAACAGCACAUAAUUGUCCCCAUUCUUCCUGCGUCAGUUCCAGAUCCUCUGCAAAUUUCAAGAACACCAAGAGUCUGCCCAAAUUAACUUUUAGAAAUACUUCAGAAUGGAGUUCUUUCAUCUUGAAAUUGUUGACCCUGGGAGGUCGCAAAAUGUUUUCAUGAGAGACGUUAUUUCUUUCGAAGGGGGAACUGUGGCCCUCGCGAUCAUACGAUAAUGAAAAAUAAGUAAUGAUGUCAUAGACUAUAGAAAAUAGCUGAUCAUGUCAAAAAGCCAUUUAUACUUUAUGCUGAUGAUGUCAUCUCACCAGUCACCAUAUGAAAUGAUUAUUUUGAUGAUGAUCUCGUCGUUUUUUGAUGACGUCAAUUCCCUAGAUUGUUAUACAGAAAACCUUUCUAUUUUUAAAUGAUGAUCUCAUCAUUUUAAUCCCCUAUGCUAUUGUGACGUCACUCCAGCACCUCCACUACUGCGCAGAACCCCCCGUCUAUUACAACUUAAAUUAUCUCACAAUAAACCCAGACAAGACACAAGCUCUCGUCCUUGGUCAUUCAAAUUAUGAAUUCGCCCUCCGAAUCGAUAAUGCGUCCGUAACUGUUUCUGAACAAUUUGACUAACAAUAGACGACUGUUUAACUGUGACAAUAGACGGAUCGAAACGCACCAAUUACUGUUUACGAGUCUUCAUAGCCAAUAACAUGACGGCUUAACUGACAGACGACCAAUAACAUCGCGACGUAAUUGACUAAUCAGAUCAAUAACCAGAGUAUAAUACCAUCAACUGACGUGAUACAACUCACUUUGACUCUGAAGAUGACUACCGCACAGGUUGUCGAAAGGUCAGACACUGACAACAACAACAGUCCUAUUCAGGACUACGUUCACCCGGACGAUCAAGCUCAACCUACUUUUGUUUCUGAACACUUACAAAUUUUAGGAGUAACUCUGGACAAAAAGCUUGCUUUUAAGGAACAUAUUUCUCUCCAGUUGGAAAAGGGGUUACAGAAUGAGAGCAGCACUGAGAAGAUCACGUCACUUUCUCCCGUUCGAAACUAUCAAAAGGCUUUACAAGGCAUGCCAGCAGAAGGGGAUAGUUUGAGCUGGACCACACCCAAGCCGUGAAGGUGAUCACUUAGAAAAAGAACUGGCGCGCUCCCGACCCAGAUCGAACUGCCAAUUAUUGGUGCAAGAAAGUUUUCCAGCUAAAAAGAAUUUACCAGCGACAAUCAACGACCAAUCACGUGCCUGAACACCCUCUACAAGUGGUUUACAGUUUACUCGGCCCAGUAAACGAGCAUUUAAAUGAGUCAGAACGAUCUCAUGCAGGCGGAUCAGAGUCCUGAGGGGCUAAAGAAAGGUGUAGCGAAACGAUAGAGAAUAGAUCGCAUGGUCUGUCAGGAAAGCCGAAGAGGCGUCUGGGCCGCAUCGAUGUGAGCAAGGCGUACAAUUCUGUUGAUCAUCAAUGGCUGAGAAACUGGUGUUAACGCUUCAGUGGUUCCCGGAAUGGAUAGAAAAAGCGGUAUACCGACUGAGUUCGCGAUGGAAUACGCAGUAGAGAGAACAAAGCCAGGAGUGGAGACAUAUGACAUAUAAGAUUCAAGAGGGGUCUCCCCCACGGAGAUGCCUUAUGCCCACGCUUAUUCACGCUAAGCAUUAAUCCUGUCGCUUGGAAAUUAAAAGCAACAAAAGCCUACAAGCUUUCUAAGCCCAUUAAGAUGCACGUCACACAUCCCUUGUUUAUGGAAGAUCUCAGUAAGAUUUAAGUAGCAUUCGAAGGAAAACUGCAGAGGGUAAUGAGAUCUAUGAGAGAGGCUAUGAUGGAUGUAGGUCUGCAGUGGAGUGAAAAGAAGUGUGCCAGUGGUUCAUGUAAAGAGAGGAUAUCUCUCUGAGAAUUCAGAGGGAGUGAAGAUCGGUGACUCUGAAUUGACACAGAGUUUGAAGCAGGGAUCCUUUUACAAAUUCCUAGCGGUUAUGGGAAAUUUCAAACAAGGUUCACACUGCCCGUCCUGCAAUAUCUGAUGUCUAGACUCAAAUCUGGCCAAUAUAAUUGCUGACCUACAACAACUAGACAGAGAGGUAAGAAAGGUGAUCAGCCAGAGCAAUUCUCUCCAAAGUUGGGGAAGAGUUUGUCGUUGACGGCUACAUCAAGCCUGCCGUCCUUGCGAAGAUUGACCAGAACCAAUAUGGAACUGUUCCGAACUCCAGCACAGUGCAUGCCCUAAUCAGCAUGCUCCACAACUGGUAUAAGAAUACUGACGGCAACGAUUCUACAGUGCGCGUGGUGCUCUUUGACUUUAGGAAAGCAUUCGAUCUCAUCGACCACGCCAUUCUUAUGGCUAAACUUACUGAUUAUGAGCUACCACCUUGGGUGCUGGACUGGAUUGCAGAUUUUCUUACUGACAAGAAGCAACGAGUGAAACUCGCCCACGAUUGCUACUCGGAUGGGGGAUCUGUCAGGGCAGGUGUCUCGCAGGGGACCAAAUUGGGGCCCUGGCUCUUCCUGGUAAUGAUAAAUGACAUCAAUGUCAAUGGCGUCAACCUUUGGAAGUACGUCGAUGACACAUCGAUGGCCGAGACAGUCCACAAGGGUCAACCAAGUGGAAUCCAAUUUGCUGUAGACGACCUAGUUAGGCAAGCCGAAAUAGAUAAGUUCCAAUUGAAUGAGACCAAGUGUAAAGAGUUGCAGAUAAGUCUCUCAAGGUCUGUUGAUCCUUUCGAAGCAGUUACUAUUAACAACAAAUCAAUUGAGGUUGUAACUAGCGCAAAACUUCUUGGUCUCACAAUUUCAAACAAUCUAAAGUGGAACGCUCACAUAGAGAAUGUUAUCAAAAAAAGGAGCCUCUAGGCUAUAUCUAUUAAGGCAGCUUAAGCGUGCAAAAGGAGAUCCUGCGCAGCUACUUUGUUUCUAUACUACGUGUAUCCGGCCCAUGUCUGAAUAUGCCUGCCAAGUUUUCCACAAUGGUCUGCCUGAGUAUCUCUCUGAAGAGCUAGAGAAAAUUCAGCGCCGUGCACUUAGAAUUAUUUUCCCAGAUUUAGGCUAUCAAGAGACUCUCAAAGAGUGCAAUAUUGCCACCCUCCAUCAACGGCGCCAAUGGCUGACAGAGCGCCUAUUCAAUGAGAUUAAGGACAACAGCCUCCAACAUGGCCUUUUGCCGACACGUAAUCUUAGUACUGUAGCCUUAAGGAGAAAGCGCGCUUUUAACGUGCCUCUUUGUAGAACAAAUAGACUAAUGAAUAGUUUUAUCAUGCAUAACGCGGCUAUUUUCUAAUGGUUUUAUUGUAAAUUCGCGGCUAUUUUCUUAAAUUUCAUGACGUAGUAUCUUUGUUCUUUUGUUUUAUUUAUUUACUGUUAUUUAUUCAUAAUAGCCAGUCUUAGGAUUCAACGUAUUGUACAGUCCGUAAUCCAGGCCUUGGGCUGCAAUGGAUUUUUAAUAAAGCUAUCUAUCUAUCUAUCUAUAUAUCUAUCUAUCUAUCUACCCAAAACACCCCUUAGGAUCAACAGAACUGAUGUACCUCCCUGGGAAACACGGAGGAAGAGGCGUUAUAAAAGUCAGUGGAGGAAGAAUAUAUAUUGACUAAGAUCAAAGCGGCGGUCAAGCUGUACAGUAACUAGACACCGUAAUGCAGGUGGUUAGAAGAUAUGAAGAGAACGCUGAGGAAAGUAGUCGACGAACGUUAAUUAAAGAUGCCAAGAAAUAUGCCCAGGAACUGGGUUUGGAACUUCAACGCAAAUCCCGUUACUAAAACAGAUGAGGUGAAUGGAGCGUUAAUUGGGGGAUGUGCCAAGGAAAAUUAAAGAAAAAGUGAAUGGAAGAAGAUAAAAGUGAAAACUGGCAACGAAACUGCUAGUGGCAACGAGGUGGAAUGACAAGGACUUGGACGAUGACUAGCAGCCAGCAGCUUGGAGAUCAGUCAGCCGUCUAGUACCAUCGCUGGCGUACAGGAAUUGUACCAGCAGCUCCUUUCAACGAAAGUUUGUCACCAUGAGAUGAAGGAUUGAAUCCAUUACCACAUGCUGGCUGGCUGCCUGGCGCUGGCGCAGACCAACUACCUCGUUCGACACAAUUCUCUUUCUCUUUGAGUUGCUAAAAAGAACUGACAAUAUUCCCCCCCUUGGUCUUCUCCUUCCGAGCCAAAACCAGUAGACGAAAACCAGAGAGCUAAAGCUUACUGGGAUGAGCUAGUUUAUGCAAAGAACACUGAAGUCAGAGUAAACACAAUAGAUAUCAAAAAAAUUAAUAAGGGAGAUAAGAAAGUCACACUACUAGAAAUGAGCUGCCCUUGGAUGGAGAAAAGAGAAGCAAAGGAGUCGGAGAAGACCAUGAGAUAUGCGCCACUUCGUCGGUUUUGAGCUCAAGAUGCAGACAUGUCGACCCAGGGGUGUUAAUAUCAUUGUUGACGAGUUUGAUGUAUUGUAUGGAAUGCCGUUUGUAUCAAAAAUACGUCUUACCAUAUGUAAACCUUUACAUUAAAUAUGUAAAACAUUUUGCUUUAUGAAUAAAACUUCUUAAUUUUAGUAUUAAGGUUAUAGUGCACAAUUAAAACUUGUUACAAAAUAUAUAAAACUUGUUGAAAAAUAUAAAACUUUUCACGAUAUAUAAAACUUGUCAAUAUUUAUAAAACUCGUCACGCAAUCCUGAAAGGUGCAGGGGCGGUUGCUUGGCAAAGGGUUGGUUCGCAGUCUCUUUUUUAGUCCUCCAUGGCGGAUGAUUUUACAUGUACUUUGCGCGAUUAAUUCAAACGUUUUAUUGAAGAACUUCCCUACGAGGAGUUGAGCUAUGUUUUUAAGAGACUUGAAAGUUAUGAUUAUCUUUUAAGGCGUUAUCCAAUUUUAAUUUUAGAAAUACUGAGGGAUUUUUUUAAGUACCUUUAGGCAAUUUUCAACACAUUUUCUGUAACUUUUAGUUGUUGCUUUUAAUACGUUUUAGGCAAUUUUCUGACUUACUUUUCUGCCGUAUUUGUUUAACCAGUGGCAAAGGAACUUGAAUCUUUUCCUUGACAUUUUUAAUGUAGUUUAUUGGUUAUGCAUAAUAUGUAGAUUUUAAGAGUGUUCCAUAUUUUAGAUUUAGGGCCAGAGCCCCGAUUUUAAGUACUAGGCGACUUUGAAAGACGCGUGCUUCACAUAUUUGUGGCGGAUUAGAAUGCCGGCUUGGUCACAAGCCCUUUGUUUAAAACAUGGCGGGAUACUCGCAGCUUAAGGCAAGCAUGUGCCUUGUAGCUGUCAACAUAAUGCUUUUUAAUUACAUUCUGUCAUAAUUAACAAAACCCGAUCGAUGUUUGAUUGAAAGUAAUUGUACAAAUCUGGUACCAGACAAACCGCUUUUAAAAAACAAAAAAACAAAACUAGUUUAUGGUUAUUUCUCAUUAAUUUCACUUAUCAAAACAAAUAUUUAAUUUUAUCAGUUUUCGCGUUUCUUUCAAAACAUCCGUCAUUUCUGGGCGUUUCACUGUAGUCAAUGACAGACACGUUUUAUCAGUCUUCUUUUACGGGGGAAUAUCAAAAUUUCCAUCUUUCAAAACGCGAUGAACCAAAGCGCCAAAGGCGCACGAUACAGUCCCGGUGUUUUGUGAGCACCCGUUAAAAAUAUUGAACGCCAAAACUAUCAAGUUUUGGUACUGCGAAGGGCAGCUAGUUUCUGUACCCAAAGGUUAGUGCAUGGACAGGCUAUCGAAAGAAAAUAAAAGGGAUGCUUGCCCAAUGGAUAGCAGGCCUAACUACGCAAAUAAAUGCCUCAUUACAUCCUUGUCUGCGAGGUUAGUACUAAAUUUACUCUCUAGAAUACAUUACACAACUCAAUCAGCAACACUUUGCAAGUAGCAUUGGCGAUCAGUGUGGGCAAUUUAUUUUUCUAAGGGACGUCCGUCGCACAAAGACUUAACGCGCGGGGGUUUUUAGUCAAUGACUGACAUCAGUUGUGACAUAAGAGUUUCCUCACAAUCGACCCAGUUAGAGUGCGAUAAUGUGCGCGUGAACUUCGCCUACAACUGGCAAUAAGCUGAAUAAACCGGAAGCUGAACGCCAUGAAUAAGUUACUAAAUCACAUCGCUCAGGUUUUUAGGUGGAUAUUAAAAAUCGUAUUUUCUCAAGUACCGGAGGGUUUUUCGCGCAUUCUGUUGCGCAGCUUGGCAGUGAUAUACCGAGCAUCAGACAGGUAGCGCACAAACAGCCACCAUUUUACUCUUCUCCUACCAAAUAGUUUUCGUGCAAUGGUGUUAGUACUGGUCCCGUUGCCGAAGCCUUGCACGAGCAAGAUACGGUAAUCGAGAGUCGAGAAUCGAGAAUCGAUAUUGUACUCGGGACAAGGAACGUUUGCUGUCCGUGGACCAACUAAUGCAAAGCAAGAGCUUCAAGCUGCUGAGAAUCGUCAAUUCUGGAUUACAACCAGUGAAGGAACUCCUGAGAAGCGUCCAAAUUAUAAAGGACUUUUGGAGGCCAGUCAGCCACGGUGAUAGUCGCACCACGCAUAAAGUAGAAUAAAUUUGUUAGCCUGGUCUUGUCUUUGACACAAAUCACGUAAAACUAUAAAGAAGUUGCCACUAUGAAGUCUGGAAAAUGAAAAUUCAAUAAUACUAUGGUUGACGACUGACAGUUUAAAAGAGAGACAACCUUCACCUCAGAAUCUUGGGCGCGCCGCCUGUAAGCUCUGAGGGAGAGGGAAGCCCCAUUAUUUGGCCUAUUUCAAAAACAAAUGACACUACAAAAAUAACCUACAAUUAUAAUUUCAAGAGAGAGUCUACCAUCACCUCAGAAACUUGGACGCGCCGCCUGUAAGCUCUGAGGGAGAGGGUAGCCUCAUAAUUUGGCCUAUUUCAAAACGAAUGACAGUACAAAGAUGACCUACGAUAAUAAUUUGGAUAAAUGACCGACAUUUUAAAAGAGAGACUACCUUCACCUCAGAAUCUUGGGCGCGCCGCCUGUAAGCUCUGAGGGAGAGGGUAGCCUCAUAAUUUGGCCUAUUUCAAAAACAAAUGACAAUACAAAGAUAACGUACAAUAAUAAUUUGGAUAAAUGAAAGACAUUUUAAAAGAGAGACUACCAUCACCUCAGAAACUUGGGCGCGCCGCUUGUAAGCUCUCAGGGAGAGGGUAGCCCCAUAAUUUGGCCUAUUUCAAAACAAAUGACAAUACAAAGAUGACCUACAAUAAUAAAUUGGAUAAUGACCGACAUUUCAAAAGAGAGACUACCAUCACCUCAGAAACUUGGGCGCGCCGCCUGUAAGCUCUGAGGGAGAGGGUAGCCCCAUAAUUUGGCAUAUAUUUCAAAACAAAUGACAGUACAAAGAUGACCUACAAAAAUAAUUUGGAUAAUGACCGACAUUUCAAAAAAGAGACUACCAUCACCUCAGAAACUUGGGCGCGCCGCCUGUAAGCUCUGAGGGAGAGGGUAGCCCCAUAAUUUGGCCUAUUUCAAAAACAAAUGACAACACAAAAAUAACCUACAAUAAUAAUUUGGAUAAAUGACCGACAUUUUAAAAGAGAGACUAUCUUCACCUCAGAAACUUGGGCGCGCCGCCUGUAAGCUCUGAGGGAGAGGGUAGCCCCAUAAUUAAUUCGGCCUAUUUCAAAAACAAAUGACACUACAAAAAUAGCCUAAAAUUAUAAUUUCAAAAGAGAGACUACCAUCACCUCAGAAACUUGGGCGCGCCGCCUGUAAGCUCUGAGGGAGAGGGAAGCCCCAUAAUUUGGCCUAUUUCAAAAACAAAUAACACUGCAAAAAUAACCUACAAAAAUAAUUUGGUUUAUAACCGACAUUUUAAAAGAGAGACUACCUUCACCUCAGCAUCUUGGGCGCGCCGCCUGUAAGCUCUGAGGGAGAAGGUAGCCCUAUAAUUUGGCCUAUUAAGUAAAAAACAAGUAACAAUACAAAGAUAACCUGUAAUAAUAAUUUUUGGAUUAUGAUUGACAUUUCAAGGAGACUAAAAUGACUGAUAUAGAAACCAUACUGUAUCUGUGACGUUGAUUAUACAGAUCGCCCAAGCGAACACGAAGAUGUUGAAGUGGAAGAAUAUCUGGAGUAAUCCAGCGUCUUGGGCUCCCGCCAGCGAAUAAGAUUUUGGCGGGAUUUCGACAGUGAUUGGCGGGCUUUUUGGAGAGUAAUUUGUCACUGGAGGCUCAUCGACACUUACAUCGUCUUAAGCCAGAGAAAACAGACUUGAAUCCUUCGCCGUUUGAUCAAAAAGGUCGUCCAUUGAAUCAGAUAAUCGGUGUUGCUGUUCCUCAAGGAGAUGUGAAGUAGAGCUCGAGCUCUUGCUUUCGUUUACACCGGAGACUAUAAAAUGUGUAUUGUUGACGGCCUUUCUGAAACCUUCAAAUAGAGAAGAUUUAAAAAUUUGUUUGGUCAGGGUCUUUUCCACGCAGAGUUCCUUCCAAACCGGAGAAAGAUGUACUGCCACCAGAGAGUGUAUUCCUACUUGUGGCUCCUCAGUAAAAACUUGAUACGCCGACUCGCCGCUUUCGCUUCGAAGGUCGCCAAUGUUGACACGGCAUACUACUCUUGAAAGAAGUUAAAUAAGCCAUCGGAGCACUAUUUUCUUUAAAAGAAAGCACUUGAAAAACCAUUGAAAGCAUAUCAAGCCUAUUUGAAUCCAAAUGCGGCGAGAAAACUGUAGUUAUCAAUUGCGAAGCCGGCCGCGAAGAUCGACUUCCAAAUUUUCAAUCGACCGUGAAAUGAAUUUAUAAUACCCAAAUAGUCUGAUCAAAUUUCGCGUUUCCUUGAAAUGUCUGGUUCGUUUAAUCAGAAGUACAAAGUUCCUUGACAGGCAAUGUGUCCGGCACUCUCCAAAGGUGUCUGGAGGAAUGCUUAAAACUAAUUACGAAAGCAACGCCUGCCGGUUAUUGGAAACCGAUCUGCGGUGGUUGCUGUGGAGGUUAGGCCUCCUCGGGCGCGCAUUAAUAUCGGGGCUCUGGCCUGUUAUGACCCUGUGUUUGUGUCUGUCCGUAUGUCGAGCUAGAUUCGCGGCUACCGCUAGCAGCCAGUGGACCAGAACAAGACGAUAAAGCAAUUUAUAAUUUAGUCCCUUUAUUACCAAAACGAGGAAUUUACAUUAGGAUCUGUAUCAGCUUUCUUGUCUUUUCUUAUUUUCCCAACAGGUUACAGCAGUUGCCCCGGGUAUCGAAAAGAUUCCCAGGCAUUUCUUUUCUCGCUGGUAAACAAACCACGAUGGGCACCUGUGAAACUUCCUGCGUAUAAAAGUUACCCUUAUGCCAUAUACGACUGCUUAUCUCAUGGACCUGUUUUUGGAGCAGGUUGGGACCUUGCCAUUCACAACAACGCGUCAUCUAAUAACAGUUCCCAUUCCAACGUUGGCCAUACUUACAGACCACCAAGUGGGUACAGCCCUGGAAGCACCUUCUCCCAGACAUUUCUGGCAGGCACUUAUCGGUUUACUCCAGACGAAGUAGAAACAUUUUACGAAACAACCUAAAAGAUAACUUCUAAAUCACCUUCGGUCAGUUUGUGCCCUUAGUCUUUUAACCAAUAUUACAGUAAGCCGAAGAAACAGUUUUGGUUUGAAAUAUUACUUUGCAGGUAGUUAACGGCAUGUUUCUUAUCAAUUAAGUCAUCCAUUAAGUAGAACCUAAAAGGAAAACUACUGCUUUUCUAUCGGUAGUUAACUUUUUUAUUUAAUUACAAAUCAGCUUGCAUUGCAAUCGGGAUAUUCGUUUAUGAGAAGUGAACAGUUGUUUUGUUUUUGUUUUUUGUUUUCCCAAUUAAGCGAGUUUUCCCUGAGGCUGAAACAACCGUAAAAGACGUGUUUUUGGGGGAAAAAAUUGAACCUCUUUAAAUUUUCCUAUCCUCCUUACAGAUUUGUAAAAGUAGAUAAUCCCAAAGACUAGACGGCAGAAAAUUUAGUAACAAAAACUCGUGUUCAACAAGAGCCUCUCUUGCAAUCACUUGAUUCUUCCGUGAUUUUUUUUUUCCAUUUUUUACAUUGAACCCGUUGGAGAGUAGUGUUUCCGGAAAACAAAGUUCAGACUCACUGCAUUUCCCAAACGUCUGUUUGGUUAGGAGCACAAACAUUCUGAAAGUUCUGGUAGUACCCGUUUCUGAAAUAUUUGGCAAAAACUUAGCAAGCUUGCAGUAAUUUCGAAGGCUCUAUUUCCAACGGUGUCGACGGAUUUUUCGCGGCCAAUUGCGCACGCUGUUGGUGACAUCCUUUUUGCAAAAGAUGGUCUAACGCUGCAUUUACGGUUACUAACAUUUCCGCUCAACUCUUACAUAGAAUCUGGAUUUUCUGCUCGGUUACUCUGCAAUCAAUGUGUUUUACAGUAAUCAACGAAGCUUAUAGAGACGCCAAUCACCCAUUUUGUCUAAACUUUCGUUUUAAAAUUAUAAAGUUUCGAUAUCACUUACCUAUACAAUAAACUAUUGACCAG